AUGGCUAUAACUGAUUCCCCUGUGAUAAAGAGUUCUAUAGUGAAAGAGGUCCCAGCAGGAGGCACCGCUGUGUUGACAUGUAAUAGCAAUGAUUACAACCACAACUUUAUGUUUUGGCUGUUUGGCAAAGACAAGGUGAUUGGCCCUGACAAUCAUUAUGAUGAAAGAAAGUAUAAGUAUGAAGUGCUAUCAGGAAAGCUUCAUAUUGAUAAUGUUACUCCAGCCGAGUCUGGUUAUUACAAAUGCAUCUCAAAAAAGCUUGACGGCUCAGGGAUUGCAGUUGGGCAGGUUGAGAUGAUUGUCUCUGGUUCCACAUUCUCCACCAUUGAGGCUGUGAAGCUGGUUGCUAUUGUUGUGUCCAUCAUUGUGCUGAUCAGCUGUGCUUUGUUGUACUGGAGACUGAGGAAGAACUGGAACAAAUAUGAUGGCCAUGCUAUUGUACCAGUUGAUGACAUGGAAGAAGAUGAUGCAGAUGAGGUGUAUAACCCAACCACAGUGAGUUCUAAAAGCCAACCGGUAGCCGGGCCCAGCCGAGGGCCAAGUAGGAACCCAUCAUCGGAGCAUCUCCUCUACGGCAUAGACAAUCAGGGCUUGGAUACAGACUUCAACUCUGUGUUCGAAAAUAUUCAAAUAAAAUCACCACAUGCCAGUUUAAUAUAAUUUAUACCAUCCACUUGAAAUACAAUUUUGUAUUUGACAAUCACAAUGUAACAGGCAGAUUGACAUACUCCAUGCAGUUUACUAAUAUAGAUAGUUGAAAUCAUUUCUGUUCCAUGUUGAUUGGUAAUUUGUUAUUAUGAAUAAUUUACUACUGUAAAUUGUGAUAAGUAGGUAAGAAAAAAUAAAUUAGGUAUAUCAGCAACUUAUAA